AGGCGGGGAAAGGCGACGCAAGCAGCCGCGACGCCAUUUGCUGCUGUCGAGCGUGGGCGCAAGCGGAUCUCGGAAGAACCCAGUCUCCAGACUCUCCGGAGCACGCUACUCGGCCUCCAGGAGCCUGCUUGGUCCCGCGCGCGCUCUUUCGUGUCUCCCAUCGCGCCCCUCUGAGGAGUCCCUUCCUCCGCCGCUCCCGCUCGGAAAGAAGUCGGAGACUCCGCGAGUCCACCUUCACCGCCAUGCCCAAGAAUAAAGGUAAAGGAGGUAAAAAUAGACGCAGAGGUAAGAAUGAAAAUGAGUCUGAAAAAAGAGAGCUGGUGUUCAAAGAGGAUGGGCAAGAGUAUGCUCAAGUAAUCAAAAUGUUGGGAAAUGGACGAUUAGAAGCAAUGUGUUUCGAUGGUGUAAAGAGGUUAUGUCACAUCAGAGGGAAAUUGAGAAAAAAGGUUUGGAUAAAUACUUCAGACAUCAUAUUGGUUGGUCUUCGAGACUACCAGGAUAACAAAGCUGAUGUUAUUUUAAAAUACAAUGCAGAUGAAGCUAGAAGUCUGAAGGCUUAUGGCGAGCUUCCGGAGCAUGCUAAAAUCAAUGAAACUGAUACAUUUGGUCCUGGAGAUGAUGAUGAAAUUCAGUUUGAUGACAUUGGAGAUGAUGAUGAGGACAUUGAUGAUAUCUAAAUCGAACUCAACACUUUACAUUCCAGUUUUUCGGAAGAUUUUCCUGCAGUUUGGAUUUUGGCCAUAACCCUAAAAGAAGAUUAAAUUUUCAUUAGCAUGAUUGUGAUUUGUUAAGGCAGACUGAUUUGUUUCUAAGGUAUUUGUUUCCUUAAAACUGAUAAUGCUGAAUUAUCUUAAGUGAAACAUUAAGCCCAUUUUGUGCUAUUGAUGUAAUGGAGCUUAUGGAUAGAAGAGCACAUCUAUUUAAAAAAAGAAAAAAGAAAAAAAAAUACAUUACUGCCUUUCCUACUUUGACCACUUGCAGUAAGUAAAUGGAUGUUUUGAAUAAACCAUUUGCCUUGUA